AAAAGGUUGAUGUUUGAGGAAAGAAACUUCAGUCUUCUCCUUUUGGAACAAUACGAUUGGAGAAAAGCAAAAUGAAGAUUUGUCUUAGUAUUUUGGCACUUCUUGUCGUCUCAGCUUGCGCUGUUGAACUCAAGCCCAAACCUUUAGAUUACGAGCUUAACAAAAAGUAUGUCUACGAAUACACUGGAAACGUUCUUACUGGAAUCCCAUCCAGUUCCAGCCUCUACUCUGGUACUCAAUUGAAGGCUAAUGUUGCCAUUUCCCACUCCAACGACCGAACCGACUUGUACACAUUGAAGUUAGACAAUGUUACUUUCGCAUCACUUAUUGAUGAGGUUACCGAACCAGCAAAGGCCAACUUUGCUCGUUGGGAAGCUGUUGAACAGAAAAACCAAGAACUCUUGGAACUUACUGUUCAAUACCAAGUCAACAAAGAGACCCAGCGAUUGGAGUACAUUGAGGUUCACCAAAUGGAUGUUCCUUGGUCACUCAACAUCAAGAAAGCCAUCAUCGAGAUGUUCUUGGUCGACAUUGCUGGUAAACAGUUGAAGUUGGCUCCUGGUUACGAACACGGUCUUACUAAACACUCUCAAGAUGAGGUUCAUCAUGCUUUUGAUGUCUACGAACCAACCCUCAAGGGUGAAUGUGAAACCAUGUACCAAGUCAUCAACGCCUUACCUGAAAACGUCAAUGGUUUACCUGGAAGUGAACAAUUCUACUGGAAGGUCAUCAAGACCCGAAACUACCAAAACUGUACCACCACUCCUCGAUUGACCCAACACAACUGGGAACGAAAGGGAUGUGUUGAAUACUGCAAACAAGCUUUGAUUGUUGGUCUCACCAAGAUGAACAACUAUUACUCAGCUGAGAAGUCUCAAUGCAACUGCAAUGAUAUUGAAAUCGAGCCUCUUGACCAACAAUUGACCAGCACUUACUCCAUUGAAUGUAUGGAAAACCCCUACAUUUUGAGCGCUGAAAGCAACGGUAAAGUUACCUUCGACAACCAUGGUACUCGAUUCGUUACCUACACCAACCAAACCCUUAAAUUUGUCCGAAUUCAUGGUGGUAUCAUUGAUCCAAUCAACACCAACUACGCUAUUCGAGCUCAAAACUUGACCUUCUCUCUUUACCCAUACUUGGGUUCAGUUGCCUAUGUUUUCAACCACGAAAUCCCAGUCUACAACCUUUUGGUUCCAUCAGGAUCUCAAUCAACUUUACUCGAUACUACCGUUGAGUUGUUGAACCGAGUUGCUGAAACUGUCAUCGAAGGUGAUUCCAAGAACCAACAAAAGGUCGCUAGUCUUAUGCAGAAGAUUGUUUCCCGAUUGGCUCAUCUUGACUCAAACCACAUCAUGAAUAUCUUCAGCAAAUACUGUAAUGUCCCAGAAGCUAAACUCUACACCAACACCUUGGAAUCAGUCCGAAGACAAUUGUUCCUCGACGCUAUUUCUCACGUUGGAACCCAAAAUGUCUCAAUCUGGCUUGAACAAGUUCUCGGCUGGAACUCAAAUGGAUUAUCCCCAAUUGAAGUACGACAAAUUGUCGAAACUUUACCCCUCAACGUUUACGCUCCAACCACCCAAUUGAUUGAGUUAUUGGAGAAGAAGAUCAAUGGUUACUUCCAAGAAGAAGAUUGGGAUUCCCUCUCUGCUUUUGUCAUCGCUUACGGUAAACUCAUUGCCAAGGCUUGUCCAAACCCAGAAGUCUACCCUGAAUCUGACAACGAAAUCACCAUCGAUGAAACUCGAGUAAACAACUGGUGGAUUUUCGAAGAAGACAAAUGCACUGCCCAACAAACCCUCCAAUACAUCAAGGCUUUGAGCGCAAAACUUAUGGCUGCUAAAUCUGUUCGUGGUAAACUUCUGAUUGCGCAAGCUUUGGCUCACACUGGCAAAGCUGCAGCUCUUGAAGAGCUUGAAUCUUACGUCAAGGAUGAACUCAAAGAUGAAAUCAAGGAUGAACUCAAGACUCAAAUUUCUGAUGUUUCUGACCUAACCUUCUUCCGAACCUCAGUCAUCUACUCUCUCCACCACAUGAUUUCUGUUGCACCUAAACGAAUCCGAUCCCUCGUUUUACCCGUUUUCAACAAAAAGACCGAAUCUUAUGAAUUGCGAUUGGCUGCUUUCACCGUUCUCAUGUCUGCUGGACCUAAAAGACAUGAACUUGACUCAGUUGCCGUUUCCCUCCGAAACGAAACCAACCAUCAAGUUAUCACCAUGGUUCGAUCCAUCUUGGAAGAAACUGCUAACCUCACCCAAGCUUGCCACCAACCCUUAGCUCAAGCUGCCCGUGAAAUCGUUGCUACUCUUCCCGAAAUCAACCUCGAUGGUGUCUACUCUCAAGCCUCAUACAAUGAAUGGUUCUCAACCGACAAAUCAACUGGUUUCUUCGCCAAUGGUCAAUUCGUUGCCAACAACAUCACCAUUGUCCCAGGACACGGUUACCUUUCCCUCGGUUCCCACUGGAAGUCUCUCUCAAACCCAUGGUCACUGUGCUUUCCAACAAAAGGAUUGGAAACCGCUUUGAACAAUCUUGCAUCCGAAAUCAACGACCCUGCAUUCUUUGCUCGAUCCAUCGAAUUCUACCUCGCUACUUUCGGACACCCAGAACCCACCGAAUUCAACUCAACUCUUACUUUAGGAUCUGCUAUUGACAACCAUGCCUAUUGGUUCAGAUUAAACUCAACCUUAGACAACAAAAACGAAGAUUUGUGGACCCGAGUUGCUCGAAAAGCUAUCAUUGAUGGUAAAGUAGAACGACCAGUUAUCCCAAGCGAUCUCUUAUGGAGAAACCCAGAAAAAUUCAUCGGUAACUACAUCGCCAACAUUGCAUGGGCCAGUAAUGUUCGAUCAGAACAACUCGACUCUAACAUCUUGGUUAAAGGUGAACUCCGACGAUCACCAAGAGACCCAGUUAUCCCUGAAAUGGAACGAGAAUCAUGGUUCCACAAACAAUGCAAAAAGGACAUCAAGAACGGUAAUGCCACCAACCACGCUUGUGAACGAGUUAUCGCUGAACAAGCAUACUUCAAUGUUGUCACCGGAAAGAUUGAAUUCCGAGAAGUCCAAGAACCUGUUCGAGAAUCAAUCAGAAAGGUCUACUCUGAACUUAAACGAUCCCUCAUGUACUACUGGAAGCCAUGGUCAAACAUCUCAUCUGAGAGAUUCGAAGGUGAACAAGAUGUCGUAACCUUUGCUGCCGCUUACUCCAACAUCAUCUACAAACGACCAGUAAUCAAUUUAUUUGUUCAAACUCCAACUGAAAAGGUUAACUACACCAAGAUCUUUGUUCCAGUUGCACUUUUCCCCGCAAUGCACCCAAUCAACUACCUUAAAGCUUCACCAAUGCCAAAAGACCAAACUUGUACUCUCAUGAAAAAUUCAGUCCGAACCUUUGACAAUGUCACUUACAAUACUUGGUUAGACGAAUGUGAAUUCGUUGUUUCCAUGGAUUGUUCACAAAGCAAGCAGUUCGCUGUUACCGUUAAAGGACAAGCUGGUAAACGAACCGUAAGAGUCUACACUCCACUCCAAAACUACUACAAACUCUAUGAUGUCAAGAAGGAUUCUGCUAGUUUGACUGUCUUCAACCGUUUCGACCAACAACAAGGACCUGACUAUGUAUUAACACCCGGUAAACCCGCCAUUCGUUUAGACAUGUUACACAACACACGAUACCAUGAAGCUCACCAAAUCUUCAUGCACGAUGGUGUUGUUAACGUUGUUUUACCCAAAGAAAAUAUUCGAGUUGCUUUUGAUGGACAUUACUUGAAGAUCACAACCUCACCUUUUGUUGGUAAGACCUGUGGACUUUGCGGUAACCAAAACCAAGAAUUUUAUUCUGAAUUCUUAGACCCUGGAAUGGUUAAUCUUGCAUCAAACCUCACCGCUUUCCGAGACUCAUACUCACUCCACAACUGCACUGACCCAAACCCAUGUCACGAUGACGUUUGUGAUGUUGACGCAAUGGCGUACCAAAGAAGAUCACCAAAGUUUCUCUCUGCCGGUAAAUCAGAAAAGAAGUCCAUUACCUACCCUAUGUUAAAAACCUUAGUCAUCAGACGAGAAAAGGAAAUCUGUUUCUCUAAGUUCCCAGUAUUCGAAUGCAGAAAUGGCGAAAAGCCUAUUGAAACUCAAACUACAGAUGUUGAAAUAGCUUGUCUAAGAGGGAAAAUACUCCCAAUCGCGCGUGUUUGGGCUGAUCAAACUGAAUGGAAGAUCGUUUUGGAAGUUGCAAAUAUGAAAACAACUGAAACUUUACGUUACGAACAACCAGCUAAGUGUUUAGCUUAAUCAGUGAUCAGAGGAAUUCAAGGGAUCUUUGUCAUCUUCUGUUCCCUGUUAGUCUCAAGCGAUAAACGUAAAACAUAUACAAAUUUAUAAAUAUUGCUGUAAAGUUGUUCUGAAAAGGCAAUUUACAAAACAAAAACAAAUCUAUAAAAAUAAUUAUGAUUAAAUAAAGUAAUUAAAAGAUUACAUUAUA